AUGAGAAAUGCAGGAAGACAGUUGGCUAGCUGUAACUACGGUGGACGGAAUUUUUCGAGAUAUUCAGAAAAACAAGUAAAUAUGGAAAAGAAAAAAAGCAAAAAGAUAGAGUCUCUUUUAGCUAGCUUACGAAAUAAGUCACUGAGAAAUCCGUUCUCAAAAUUGAAUAAAAUAACCAUGCAAAAUAUUAGUAAUGGAGAGAAAAAAUUCGAGAACACAAUGAACAACACGUAUAAAGAACUAUGUAAAAUGUGUGGAGAUUUAAAAAUGAAAUACCAAGAUCAGUUAUACAUAUGGAAACGUAAAAAAUCCAAAUUAAGGAAUAAAUUUUCAUUUUUUUCAAAUCUAACAAAUAUAACAAAUCUAUCGUUAGUAAAAAAUAUAUUACGAGAUACAGAAAAGUACAGAUUCCUAAUGCACAAUUUUUCCGUGAGGGGAAAAGCUUAUUUAAGAGGUAUGAUGUUAUCCCAUUGUAAACACACAAACAUAUCAUAUUAUAAAAGCCUAAUUAAAUACCAUUACUAUAAAGCACCUGUUACAUACACUUUAAUGACAUUACACGUUUUGGUUUACCUUCUGUGGAUAAAUGCAAAGCCUACAUAUGUAUAUGACAACAUUGGAAUGCCCAAAGGAUUUUUCUACUAUCCCACUUCUAAUUCGUUUUUUUCAAGGAAUAAAAAUUUCUUAACUCAGGAAUUCAUGUAUUCCCAUUUCUGUUGUGGAUCACAACAUUUAAAGGAAAGGAAGUUAUACACCCUUGUAACAAAUUUAAUAAGUCACAAUUCUAUUCAAUCACUUCUAUUAAAUACCAUAUCAUUAUAUUACAUAGGAAGAUCUUUAGAAAUUAUUUUAAAUUCAAAGAAUUUUUUUUUAACGUAUAUAAUUAGUGGGAUCAUAUCAUCCUAUAUUCAAAUAUGUUCCCAUAAGAAUAACACAUCUUCUAUUAGUCCGUACAAUAACAUUUAUGUGUUGGGUGCUAGUGGUAGUAUAAGCUCCAUUCUUACAACAUACACAUUUAUGCAUCCGAACAGUAGCAUAUACUUCUACGGUGUUUUCCCCCUUCCCCUGGCUAUGUUCACGUCACUAUAUUUCAUAAACGAAAUGUAUUGUGUUCUAAUGAACAAGCAGGAUAACACAGGUCAUGUAGCACACCUAACUGGUAUGCUCCUAGGAAUCCUCUACUAUUAUUUCUAUGUCAACCGACGUAUUGUGACAUAG